GUUGCAGCGCAGCUUGAGCUCAUUACUCGAUCAUAUCCACUCUGCCACAGCCGGGCUCCAGUCUUUUUUUCAUGUGCGAACACCUGGAAAGCACCGCAGUGUCCAACCGCAGAGGUCUCGGCCCUUGCGAAGAAUUUCAUCAAUUCGCGCGCACAUGAACUCAUCCGCGCCAGUGUUAUAACAACAAGCCGUGUUCUCGCCAACCCCGAAGCUGUCCUGAACUUGGCCGAAAGGCAAGCUCACCCAACAUUUCUCGCGUCUGCACCCCAGAUCUGCCCUUCCGCGCUCUGGCAGUCGUCAUUGCCAUCAGCUAGCGAUUGCUAGAAAACUUCUGCUGCUUCGGCGAAGCUUUCCGCCAGCAUGCCGUCCAAAAUCUUUGGCAUCUGGACUGCGCCCUCCACUCCGCAACUCUUCGACAAUCUUCCCACAUACCAGCAAUCCAACACAAACAACAGCAAUAACACCAGCAACAACAGCAGCGCGACAUCACUCGUUGAAAGUCGACGUCCCAGCAUGGAGCACAUCAAGCGUCCGACCUCUCUUUUCAGCAAAAAGCACAGUUCGCAUGACAAGUCAAAAUCCAAGGAACGAUCAUUAUCCAAGGACAAACACGCCCGCGAUGGACCACGCUCACCCACCGCACCGAAGCCAGUCCAACUGGGCUUGCUCAUGGAAUCACCUCCGGUACUGAUGCUCGACCCUCCGAACCAAUCUUCAGGUGCAUUAAUUUCUGGACGUCUGCAAAUCACACCCAAUGUUCCCGAGGCCACGCUUUCCAGCAUCACCAUGUUUCUCGAAUGCACAACAACAACCAAAAAGCCCGUGCACGAUCGAUGUCGCGAGUGCAUGACUCAGAUCAAGGAUUUGUUCGAAUGGCACUUCCUGACACACCCAAAGACCCUCAAAGCUGCCGAUGGCAUGUCGCAGAUGCCAUUCUCAUACGUUAUUCCGGGCCACAUUCCUGCAACCACCCACGGAACAGUAGCGAGCGUCGAUUAUCAACUGCACGUGCGAGCAAAAUCAAUCGAUGGCCAGGAGAUUGAGUUUCGACGAGAGUUGAUCAUCAAGCGCGCAUUGCGUCCUGGAAACGACAAGAACAGCGUUCGCGUCUUUCCUCCCACCAACCUUACGUUGUACGUCACGAUGCCAAAUGUGGUACAUCCCACUGGAGAAUUCAAUGUGCAGUGCCGUAUGACGGGCAUCACGACACACCGCGAGGAGACUCACACCCGCUGGCGACUUAGGAAACUCAGCUGGCGCAUCGAGGAACACGAAAAGGCCAUUUCCCCCGCAUGCUCUACACACUCCGCCAAGAUCGGCCUAGGCAAAGGCAUCGAACAUCAAAACACGCGGGACAUUGGUGGCGAGGAACUCAAGCAAGGCUGGAAGACCGACUUCUCAGAUGGAACAAUCGAAGGCGAAUUUGUAGCUUCACUCAAUCCCUCUUCGAAACCCAACUGCGGCAUGGAGGCCAGCAACGGAACUAAGAUUACCCACAACAUGGUCAUGGAGCUGGUGAUCGCAGAAGAGUGGGCACCAAACAAGAAACCCGGCAAUGCCACACCUACAGGGGCUGCGCGCGUCCUCCGAACACAAUUCGCAUUGAACGUUACCGAACGCAGCGGAAUGGGCAUCGCAUGGGAUGACGAGCAACCUCCGCUGUACGACGAUGUGCCCGCCAGCCCGCCACACUACCCCAGCUCGUACCAGUCGAACGGGUGGCGAGGGCCUUCAAGUCUCCCACCUGCUUUCGGCGCUGCCGGUCCAUCAUCGAGACAGCCCGAACGCAAUGAGACAGCAACGCUUGCGAGUGGACAGAGCUCGCCGCAUGGGACGGAGAUGUUGGAAUAUGAGGGUGAUGAAGAUCUAUUAAAUCAUGAUGUUGAGCAUUUGACGCUUGAUAGCUGAUUGCUGAUUUGGAUGCGUACUGAAGAAGAGAUCUCGUUUUGUAAGGUUUUUCAAUUUUUUGAGCAUGGCGAUGGGAAGGAACGGAAAAGGAAAGCGUUUUUGUGGUCUGAUUUGAGAUACCCACGUGUGAGGGAGGUUGUUUUAGUUUUUUCUAUUAUUUCUACAGCGCAUUGAGUGAGGAGGGAAAGCAUCUCUGGCUGGAAAGCGUCGCAUUUUGGCAGAGCCGAAGAAGAGAACAACAGUGUAUUGUUCACAGAAAUGAGCAACUGAUUCUCUGCUCAGGCAGAUGCAACACUCGAUGAAUGUUCCUACCAGAAGUCGUUCGAUCAAUAUUUGAUUCUGCUUUCACGGUUUGUCGUCAAUUCAAGGACCGCGCCCACCGAUUACUUGCUUUCCUCCUCG